AUGGCGGUGGCCCUGGAUGCAAUCCUCGCUCGGAUCAAAGAUGUUUGUAAAAGGAAUGGGCUGCUCAUCCUCUCCGUGCUGUCCGUCACCAUCGGCUGCCUCCUGGGAUUCUUCCUGAGGACCAGGCGCCUCUCCCAACAGGAAAUUAGUUACUUCCAGUUUCCUGGUGAGUUACUGAUGAGGAUGCUGAAAAUGCUCAUUCUCCCUCUGGUUGUCUCAAGCUUGAUGUCUGGGCUGGCAGCCCUGGAUGCCAAGACUUCCAGUCGCCUGGGAAUCAUAACUGUCACUUACUACCUGUGGACAACGUUUGUGGCUGUGGUUGUGGGAAUAAUUAUGGUGUCCAUUAUCCACCCUGGUGGAGCAGCCCAGAAGGAGAGCACUGAGGAGGGUGGAAAGCCCAUCAUGAGCUCUGCAGAUGCACUGCUGGACUUAAUCCGGAACAUGUUCCCAGCCAAUCUUGUUGAGGCCACAUUCAAGCAGUAUCGCACCAGGAGUAUUCCCAUCAUUAAAUCGAACAAAGCGUCAGCUGAGAGCACCACUCGUCGCAUCAUCAUCUACGGAGUCCAGGACGAGAAUGGCUCCAAUGUCCAGAACUUUGCCUUGGAUAUCACACCCCCUCCUGAAGUGAUUUACAAAUCAGAGCCAGGAGCUAGUGAUGGCAUGAAUGUACUUGGGAUUGUGAUAUUCUCUGCCACCAUGGGUAUCAUGUUGGGAAGAAUGGGGAACAGCGGCGUUCCUUUGGUCAGCUUUUGCCAGUGUUUGAACGAAUCUGUCAUGAAGAUAGUGGCUGUUGCUGUUUGGUAUUUUCCAUUUGGAAUUGUGUUCCUAAUAGCUGGCAAAAUCUUAGAAAUGGAUGACCCCUCAGCCAUUGGGAAGAAGCUGGGUUUCUAUGCCAUUACGGUGGUGUGCGGCCUGGUGGUGCACGGGCUCUUCAUCCUGCCAAUGAUGUACUUCUUCAUCACCAAGAAGAAUCCCAUUGUCUUCAUCAGAGGGAUCCUUCAAGCCUUGCUCAUUGCUCUGGCCACAUCCUCCAGCUCAGCCACUCUGCCUAUCACUUUCAAGUGCUUGCUGGAGAACAACCACGUGGACAGGAGGAUCGCGCGCUUCGUGCUGCCCGUGGGAGCCACCAUCAACAUGGACGGGACAGCGCUCUACGAGGCCGUGGCCGCCAUCUUCAUCGCCCAAGUCAACAACUAUGAGCUGGACUUUGGGCAGAUCAUCACCAUAAGUAUCACAGCAACAGCUGCCAGCAUAGGUGCUGCAGGCAUCCCCCAAGCUGGCCUGGUGACAAUGGUCAUUGUUCUCACCUCGGUGGGGCUCCCAACAGACGACAUCACGUUGAUUAUUGCUGUUGACUGGGCACUAGACAGGUUUAGAACAAUGAUCAAUGUCCUGGGGGACGCACUGGCUGCUGGGAUCAUGGCCCACAUCUGCCGGAAGGAGUUUAUCAAGGAUGGUGAUGAGGUGCCAUUGAUCUGUGAAACUAAGCCUAUUAACAUCCAUCAGAUUGUGGCUUACCAGAGAAAUGGCUGUGUGAAGACCAUGAAUGAAUCUCGUGGACCAGAAACAGUGAAAGGGUUGCAGCACCAUAUACCCAUACAAGUGGAGCAAGAAGAAACUCCAGUGGAGAAUCACACUAAGAAAUCCAACAGUAAAGACCACUGCACUAUUGAAAUAAAUGAACUAGAAACAAAUGUGUGACUGCUACACUCAGAGGUAUCUCAC